CUCUUGAAUCUGAACUACUGACUCUCAACCCCUCCUUUCCUUCUGUCACCUCUAACCUAUCCAUAUCUCGCACAUCUACAUCUACAGCUUCUUAGAGGGAGCUCCCCUCAUUUUCCGUUGAAAUAACAUCAUUUGCCCUUGAUCUGCUGCUGUCAACGCAGUUUCAAUGGGCCCUCCUUCGGAAUCCUCUCGUUUACAGCUGUCGAUUCUUAGCAUUGCUGCUUUUGAUAGUUUGUCUUCUUUGGCUUCAUUGUCAACUUCGAAUCUGGUUUCUGCCGAUAGUGGGGAUCGAACUCCUGAGAAUCACAAAAGAGCAUCAUGGUUGUCUUCGUUGAAUUGGAUGACGAAAGCGAGCCUCCAGAGGAUAUCAGAUUGAGGCCACAUUGGGAUAGAAAUGGACAUAAUACUGGAAAACCCCUCGGGCAGUUUGGCGUUGGAAACCUCAGCAUAAAUGAAGGUAGCAGCGCGGCAAACGACGAUGUGGAACUUGAAGCGAUCACGGCUACGCAGGAGCACCAGAGGAUAUUGGUGGCAGAAGCGUUGGGAUGUUAUCCGUAUGUUAUGAUGAGCCCAAAUGGAAUUCUUUGCAUUUUGCACAACGUGUCACUGUGAGAACCCCAAAUGGAUACUGAUACUUCUUGAUUUCUGCAGUGUUGUCAUCUCCAUCGCGUCACACAUCGAUUUAAAUACCCUCGAUGCCCUUGCGCAAUCUUGCCGUCAAGUUCGUGCGAGCCUCAUACAAUACCGCAAGCAACUACUCUCCUCCACUUUGCAUUGUGAGAAUGAAGAUGUUGAACCCGACCCAGAGAAUACGUUACGUUCUCGAGCUAGAGCCGCAACUUGGUACUUUGUGAAGACGGGAAGGGAGGGAGGAAACGGCAAGAUCGGUGAUUGCGCUCGAGACUUGGUUGGUGGCUGCCGUAGGUGUAAUAGAGUUGUUUGCAGAGUUAGUACUUUCUACAGAAUCUAUUCUGGCCUGUACGACGCUAAAGAUGAAUCAGAAUUGCACAAUAAAACCACCAUCGUCAGGCCUUCUCAAACAUCGCCAUCGACGCCUUUGCGCUGCUUGCUCCAAGGCCCCACUCUCCUCCCUUGCGAGCUCCUCUAGUACCAAUGGUCCAAACCGCGCAUCCGAGUCCACCUCUCCAAUCAACACCAAUAUGCUCAAACUUGCACUUUGCAACUGUGCCACUGAAGGUGUUUGGCUCUGCCAACCUUGUGGCAGAAGCUUGCGGAGCGCAGACUCGGAGUACGAAGGCGUAUGGAGGUGGCGCACAAGAUAUCUACCAUCUCUUGGUGGUUUGGGGGUCGGUAUUGGGGAAGGAGAUCGUGGAGUCGAAUGUAGCAGAGGCAAAGAAUGUAUCGCUGCCAGAGAAGUUGAGCAAGAAACCGACUGUGAUGCUGAAGAUGCUAGGGAGAUUGAAAGCAGAGCUGCAAGCCCAUCAUCAAGUCCAUCAAGUCCACCAAGCUCCAAUGGUAGCUCCAUCAAUGUCAAUGGUCAUAUUGGUCCUGGAUAUGCGCGACAUGAGAUUGAAGGAAUUGGAGGUGUUUUAAAGAAGAAAUUGGUCACUAUGGUCAAAGUUGGUGCUUGCGUCCCAGAGUGGGGCGAUGAAAAACAACAAGGCAGGUUCCUAAUUAGAGAGGCUGAAGGAAGAGCAAGGAGUUGGUGCGGUUGGUGUUGGAGAGCUGUACCUGGCGCAAAGGAUGUUCUUGAGUGAUGCGUCGUAUUUUUUUGGUUGCUCCUUUGAUAGGAUGUAAGUACACAAAAAGG